AUGUUCGAAAUUAAUUUGCUUUCUUUCCUUGGAGAAUUUAAUGGAUCCAAAUUUUUGGUUUAUUUCUGCCUAUUAAUCUUCACAAUAAUUUUUUCGUUGCGGCUUGAUCAAAUAAUCAAUAUCAAUUAUAUUUUUGUGUUCUUGCCUUUGUGGUUAGGCGAAAUUUGUGUUUUUGUUGGUUUUAUAGUGGCUAUUGUCAGCCUUAUUGUUAGGCCUCCUUCAAGCUUGGAUGCUUCCUCAAAAAGUGAUUUUUUCUCAAUGUGUUUUCAAACUGUUGAGCACAUUUUAAUUUUGAUGUUUCAAGUUUUGGUUUUAAUUAAAAUUGAAUAUUACCAUUAUUUGAAAGACCAAAUUCAACUUACUUGGCUACUUGUUUUUUCGCCUCUUUUUCUUUUGUCCUUUAUUGCAAUGAUUAUUGCUAUUUGGUGUAUGAGGCAUGAAAAGCCAUACGAGUUUGAAAUGUUCUUUGCUGUAAACAUCAUUCAAUUUGUCUUUUUGGCGUUUAAAUUGGACAAUGGAAUUCAUUGGAAUUGGGCUUUGGUCCUCGUCCCAACAUGGAUUGUUUUCUCCCUCUUUCUUCUCUGUUCAAUUUAUUCCCUCACCAUAGCUUUAUUCCUCAAUCGAACAUUUUAUGCCCAUCAACAACAUAUUCCUUCUCACAGAAGACCCCGUUUAUGUGCUUCUAUAUGCCAUGUUUUCUUAACAAUUCCUUUUUUACUUUUUCUGUUGCUUUUGGCAAGUAAAUUGGAUUAUUUGGAAUCCCCUGGAACUAGCAAAUCUGGAAAUACUUCUUUUGUUUUGAUUGCUUUACCUUUGGAAAUUUCUUUGUUUAUUUUACUUUUGCUUUCGUUUGGGGCACGUCCUGCCAAUGUUUGGUGGUUUGGAAUGCGUCAGUCUUUUUGCAAUUUCUUCUUUCAACUUUUCCCUUGCCUUCGUCAUUAUUCAAAUAUUAGUUGUAAAUUUGGUGUUAGAGGGAGUGAUGCUUCUUCUUCAACUUUAUCUUGGGGACAACGCUUUUCGAGGAGAAAUAGAAUUCGUCAAAAUCGGAAUCAUCCGCCUAAUGGAAAUUCAAGUGCUCGAAUUUAUGGAAUAGAAGAGCCAACAACUCCCUGGGUUAUAAAUUCAACAGAUGAGGAACAGCAAAGAAUAAUAACAGAAAAUAUAAAUAAUUGUGAAACUGGAAGUAAUUCACAAUCACAACAACAAUCAACUUCUCGAUUAAAUAAAAAACAACAAAUGGAAAAUAGAGAAAAAGAAAAGCAAGUGAUAGCCUAUUUAUUUGUUCGUGGAAGUAUUGAAUCUCCAGAUUAAAAACAAAAUGUGAAAGUAUCCCAAUUUUUAUUUUUUUAUUAAGAUUAAAUUUUGGGUUGGACCCGGGACACAGAAAUUCUU